AAUUAUUCAAUACCGAUUUGCCAUGUCACAUGAUCAGAAAAUGGCUGCGCCCAUGAACACGUAACUUUUCUAUUUCACACCUAAUUUUUCCAAUUAUUUUGGAAAAGGGUUACAUACAGACUUUUGGCUAACGUGGAGUUUUAAGCAGACAAUCCAAGAUAUCAUCAACCACAAGUGAAUACAAAGGGUAGCAUGAGUAAGCAAAGAAAGUCCCACAAGGGCGGUAACAAGCAAAAAAACAAGGGAUCUUCUUUUAGCAGAAACAAACAGUUCUCAUCAGGGUUUGAUGCAGAAGUUGGUGCUGGGAAUGAUGGUUCAUCAUCAGAUAGCAGUACAGAGACAGCAGAUAUUUCUAUUGACUUCCCACUGGCAAUGUGGGAUUUGGAACACUGUGAUCCAAAGAAGUGCACUGGACGUAAACUCAUGCGUAUGGGUCUUGUGAAAGAGUUGAAAUUAGGCCAGAAAUUCAAUGGCCUAAUUCUUUCCCCUAUGGGGACACAGUGCGUGUCUCCAGCUGACAGGGACAUUGUAAAAGAACAUGGAAUAGCAGUGGUGGAUUGUUCCUGGGCCAGACUGGAAGAUACACCGUUUAACAAGAUGAAGGGCAACAAUCCAAGACUGUUACCAUAUUUGAUAGCCACGAAUCCAGUCAACUAUGGAAAACCCUGCACCCUCAGUUGUGUGGAAGCCUUUGCAGCAGCCAUGUUUCUUGCUGGGUACAGAGAUGAGUGCAAUGUAAUUCUUGAUAAAUUUGGAUGGGGCCGGUCAUUCUUUGUGGUGAACAAAGAUCUUUUUGAAUUGUACGGCGCUUGUAAAGACAGCAAAGAAGUUGUGGCUACACAGCAGGCAUAUUUAGAGGACGUUCAAAGGGAAAAAGAUGAGAAAACUGUGGCUUAUGAAGAUCUUACACACCUUAAUAUGGAUGGCAAAUCUCACAAUCCAAACAGACAGAGAAAUAGCGAUCUACCUCCGUCCAGCAGUGAAAGUUGUUCCGAAGGUGAAGAAGCUGAACUUCUUGUUGACAAAUUUGGCAAUACCAUAAUACUGAAUGAUGACAAUACAAAAGUCAAUGCUAAUGAAUCUGAUGAACAUGUAGCGUGGUCACCAUAAGUACAUGAGAGUGAUUAAAGAAAUAAAAAAAAAUACCCUU